AUGAUAAUAAGGAAUACAGGGAUAUCAGUAAUAAAGCAUGGAUUGAAGUUGAAUUCCAUUCGGGGAAUUUCGAAUUCGGGAGCUGGGCAAUUGGCUCGUUACAAUAAGACUCGUAGAACUCAAGAAAUAUCAGCCGAAGAGGUUCGGAAAUUUCAAGAGCAGCAACGAAACCAGGCGAAUAAAGAUGACUUUUAUUACGAAACCAAACCAUCAAGCGACUUCCAACAAUAUCGUGACGAGCCAUCAGCAAACCAUACAGUGUUUUCUGUUCCACCGAAUAAGAAUGGAUUGAUUACUCCUGAAGAUGGAAUUUAUGAAAUAUUGAAGGAGCCAACAUUAGUCAUUGAGAGACAGGUCGAAAUGAUGAAUGUCUUUUUGGGCUUCGAGCAGGCGAAUAAAUAUAAGAUUAUGAAUUCCUUGGGUGAACAAGUAGGGUUUAUGGAAGAAAAAGAUAUAGGAUUCAUGAAAAUGUUGGGGAGACAGUUUUUCAGAUUGCAUAGACCAUUUGAUAUUGAUGUAUUUAAUAAUUACGGAGAUUUAUUAUUGACGAUUAAAAGGCCGUUUUCGUUUAUAAAUUCUCAUAUAAAAUGUUACUUACCUGGUUACGAUGACCAUGGCGAUUUGAUGUUUGAGAAUUUAGGAGAAUCAUGUCAAAACUGGCACUUAUGGAGACGGAAAUAUAACUUAUUCAAAUUAGAGGACGAGGUAACUGAUGAAUACGAACAAUUUGGUGCAAUAGAUGCCCCAUUUUUAUCGUUUGAUUUUCCAGUCAAAAACGACCAAGGAGACGUCAUUGCUUCGGUGGAUAGAAAUUGGGUGGGCUUAGGAAGAGAAAUGUUUACCGAUUCAGGUGUAUAUAUAAUUAGAAUGGACCCUGCUAGUUUUUCUGGAAUGGGAAACAUUUACCCAUCGGUAGCUGGACCAUUAACAUUAGAUCAAAGGGCGAUAUUAUUGGGUAACGCUGUUAGUAUCGAUUUUGACUACUUUUCAAGACACAGUACUGGACCAGGUGGCGGAUUCCUUGCAUUCAGUGAUAUUGAUUAA